AUGACUUCAGCUUCGGCCUCACCAAAAAGGAAGCGUGGGCAAGAAACCCAUCUGGAAACAAGAGUGAUUCUUUCCCAACAGUUGUUUGCACACGACGUCGACGAGGAGGAUACAGGAAGUCCACGGACAAAAGUCGCGAGGAAAUUCGACGGCUUGGAGAUUGACAAUGACCUAUUCACACUGCAGCACAAUCACACAUCAUCGUCACCACGACCGUGUCAAACAGCGCAACUCUCAGCAACUUCUGCAGAUGCGACCAGCGGCAGAUCGAUAGAUGCAAAGAGCAUGAUGCCCACACAGCCCCCUUCAACAUCAUCUCCAGCAGUGGCGGGAAACGCACAAAGCAUUUCAGCAGCGUCAUUAGCUACAAAGUCGAGGUCAGGGUCCCCGCCCCUUGCAGGAGAACUUUCGGACCAAUUCUGGCAUGAUUCCGAAAUCACUGGCCAUGACCCUGACCCUGACGACCCUGACGAUGAUCUCUAUGGCAUCAACGGGGUUGGUUUCCGUCCGACGGCUGCUAUUGCUUGGUCGAGAUCACGACGAAGGAAACAGCAGCUGGAGGAGUACAAAAACCGAGAGGCACGAGAAGCGAGGCAACAGAGGAGUGAGAGGAGAAAACGCGGUAUAAGCGACAGUGAGGAUGUGCCAUCUCUUGAUAACUCUCCGCGCAAAAGCGUCCGAGUCCAUUUUGAGGACGGUUGA